CGAGGCUACGAACUGUUUUGGUCAGGGUGAAGAACCCAGAAUCCCUCAGCUGACGGGAAGAAGCCUUUACUACGCGUCUUAUAACGUACUUUUACUUAAAUAUUUUGACAUUAUAUCGCAGCAGAAUACGGACGACGGAGAAGAUGAGCAAUGAGAACACGGAGGAGGCGAUGGUGCUUCAGGCUCAGAUUGAGCAUCUCCAGGCUGAAGUUUCAGCAUUGCAGCGCCAACAGGAGGACAACCAGAAGGACGUAACGUUCCACUUCAGAGGACAGAUGCAAGACGCCAUGUUGAGUGUGUGUGGACAGAGACAAGGAGACGAGAAGGAGAAGGUGCUGUCCAGGCUGAUGGAGGAAGUGGAGGAGCUGGAGGAGGACCUGAUGCUGCAGACUCAGAUAAAUGGCAUCAGACUGACCGGCUGCACCACAAAGACUCUGCAAAGCAGCAGCAGGAAGCUGGUGCAGCAGCUCUGUAUCUCAGGUUACUGCUCUGAACUGCUCUUCCAGGUGGAGUUCCAGUUGUCUGAGGUCAAGCAGGGCUCUGGGUGCGUGAGGACCAUCAGCGAGCUGAACGUGGUGAUUGACGCCGGCGAGAUGCAGAACUUCAGCAGUUUCCUGUCUGGGGUGGAGGAGAGCAGGGAUCUUCUACUGUUCUUCAGGACACUCAGGAGCUUCUCAGAUAGAUGUGAUGACCGGCGCAGAACCUUCCAGCACUUCCAGGAGAAGUAUCCAUCGGUCGUCUCUCUUCCUGCGGGCUGCAGGUCAGAGGUCAUGCACCUGAGCCACCCUGAGCUUUCUGGGUGCGUGCUGGUCGUCCAUUGGUCGGUGCACGUGUCCAGCGAGGGCGGAGUCUCGCCGAAGGUCGAGCUGCUGACAAAGAUCCCCGAGAGAGCGCUGCAGCUGUUCCCCUCGCAGGCUGUGGGCGGCGCCGCCGAGGCCUUUCAGAGCCUGCUGAGGAUUCUGGGAGCUGAGGCGGCCCUGGAGGCAGUCAUCAUGGCGGUCAGCCUUUCAUAGGACACACAACUCACAGCUUAAGUUUGUCUGCGUAAAGAAAACACGCCGCUCUGGAUUAGUCUCUUAGAAAUCUUUAUUCAAUAGAAAGAGCCGAGCUCACUGGUCAAAAUCUACAAAAAUAAAUAAUUUAAAUACAAAUUGCAGGACAGCAGCGUCCUCGUUGUGUUUUUCAAAUAAUUUCCUCCUAUCAGAUAUUUACACACAC